GAACAAAGCAGCAACCAGUUGGUGUUAUUUGCCUCGCUUCACAUGCAACAGGUAUCAGAAACAACAAGUGAGACACAACAUGAGACGAAGAGAAAAACACCGGAAACAUGAUUAGUACUAGAAAAUGGAUCACGAAUAAUGAGAGUGAUUGUGUUUAUACUUCUCUACGGGUGCUUGAUUUUCUCCUCGAAAACAAGUGGCUCUCAGAGACUUAAAGGACUGUUUACGUUUUCAAAAGAGGAGAAAACAAAUGGCAUAUACCGUCAUCCUUUGCGCUCUUCGAAUACCCGGAGUUUAUUUACACGUUCUAACAUACCCCGUGAGGACCGGUUUAUUUCAAGGCUACGAAAUUUAUUACAAUACGAAAUUGGCAAGCUCAAGGGCUCAUCUGGUCAGCGGUAUUAUUCCCGAGAUGAGAUAUCCACGCCCGAUGGACUGGCACCCAUUACGCGACUCAACGAUGAAAUGACGCUGAACAGCCGACUGUUACACAGGGUUCCCGAGCAAGACCGCGGCGUUAAAUGGCACAGAGCUCGGUCCAGGCUUGCGCAAAAUUUGGAAAAGCUUAUUGUGAUGCUUGCUCACGGGAAGAUAGGAAAUGUGCUGCGCGGGAAGUCUGUGGACGAGGAAGGGGGCUCGAGAAGGCAGCAGACCGCGCCAGCUCUCCAAAUGGACAUCGCGUUCGCUGUGGACGGAUCUGAUGCCACGGAAAACCAGGGCUCGGGCAACUUUCGGAAGCUGCUUCAGUUUGUUAAAGAUGUGAUGUCGUCAUUUCCGCUAUCCGAGAGUGGUAUUCACACGGGCGUGGUAUCGUAUGGGACCAAGGCGAAGACCAACCUCGGGUUUGAUGUACACUUUAGCCAGGCCAACUUUAACUCUGCCAUAGACGGGAUAAACUUUCCGGGCGGAGCUACCGAUACUGGCAAUGGUAUAAGAAAGGUUAUGAAGAGCUUGUUCAAGACAAGCAAGCGACGAAGCAUCCCUCACAUCCUCGUUCUGAUAACAGCCGGCAAAUCCACAGGCGACCCAAGCCUGAACGCCGAGGAGCUUCGUGCGAGUGGUGUCAGACUAUUCUGUGUAGGGGUGGGUGGGGCGUACGAUCGGACCCAACUGGACGCCAUCGCCAGCUCACCCUCCACCACGUACGUAUUGACCGCGGGUUUCGACGAUUUGAGUGGACUGGUGCCGACUUUGGUCAGCCGUAUAACAAAAGUAGCGCAACAGAGCGAUGACGGCCAAACUGCUGACCAGAAGCCCAAGAGCGUGGGCGAGGCAGGAGGGCUUGUGGAGGCAAAGAUCGACUUGGGAUUUCUCAUUGAUGGCUCCUCGGUUGUCGGUCAGGAAAACUUCAAGCAAGCACUGAGCUUUUUCAAGACGAUUUACCAGGCCUUCUGGACUCCAUUUGGUAGCACGCAUGUCGGUCUGGUCGUGUUUGGCGCCGAUUCCACGAUGGUAUUUGAUUUUGAUAACAAACUUAAAGACAAGCCUGCCAUAGAUGCUGCGAUAGACGCGUCUGUCUUUCCUAGUGGACAGACCAAUCUGGGAGCUGCGUUACAACAAACUAAAGGUUAUCUUUUCGGGAGUAAGCACAAUGAUGGUCAUCGCCGCACGCUCGUGGUGCUUGCCGGGAGUACCGCUGAAGAUGACGUUUUCCAGGGCGCAAGUGAUCUGCGAAUGAAUGGGGUUACUGUGUACUGCGUGGGGGCUGGGCCUAACUAUGACAGUGCACAACUCGAUGGGAUAGCCUCAACACCCGCUGACUCUAAUGUGCUGACCGUGGCUUCGUAUAACGAUCUACCUGGCAUCUCACAAACACUUAUCAACAAGAUAGAAGAAGGUCGCACAGAAUUUCUCAAACCACAAUCAACACCAUCUACAAGCAAGGAACAAUCAACGACCCCUUCGCCUUUUGCGGUAACAACGCCUGGACCGAGCACCAGAGUUCCAAAUACCAUAGCACCUGGAUUACCUGGAACGGAGGGAAGUGAGGGUACAGUUCAACCUGGGAAUCAACCUGGUAGUCAACCAAAUGGUCAACCAGCUUCAAAUCAAUCGGGAAAUCAACCAGGAAGCCAGCCAGAAAGUCAACCGGGAAAUCAACCGGGGAGUCAACCGGGAAGUCAACCAGGAAGCCAGCCAGAAAGUCAACCGGGAAAUCAACCAGGAAGUCAACUGGGAAAUCAACCAGGAAGCCAGCCAGGAAGUCAACCGGGAAAGCAACCAGGAAAUCAGGAAGGAAGUCAACCAGAAAGCCAGCCAGGAAGUCAACCGGGAAAUCAACUAGGAAGCCAGCCAGGAAGUCAACCGGGAAAUCAACCAGGAAGCCAGCCAAAUGGUCAAGCAGGCGCAAAUCAACCAGGGAGCCAGCCAGGAAGUCAACCGGGAAAUCAACCAGGAAACCAGCCAAAUGGUCAAGCAGGCGCAAAUCAACCAGGAAGCCAGCCAGGAAGUCAACCGGGAAAUCAACCAGGAAACCAGCCAAAUGGUCAAGCAGGCGCAAAUCAACCAGGUAGCCAGCCAGGAAGUCAACCGGGAAAUCAACCAGGAAGCCAGCCAAAUGGUCAAGCAGGCGCAAAUCAACCAGGAAGCCAGCCAGGAAGUCAACCGGGAAAUCAACCAGGAAGCCAGCCAAAUGGUCAAGCAGGCGCAAAUCAACCAGGAAGCCAGCCAGAAAGUCAACCGGGAAAUCAACCAGGAAGCCAGCCAAAUGGUCAAGCAGGCGCAAAUCAACCAGGAAGCCAGCCAGGAAGUCAACCGGGAAAUCAACCAGGAAACCAGCCAAAUGGUCAAGCAGGCGCAAAUCAACCAGGGAGCCAGCCAGGAAGUCAACCGGGAAAUCAACCAGGAAGCCAGCCAAAUGGUCAAGCAGGCGCAAAUCAACCAGGAAGCCAGCCAGGAAGUCAACCGGGAAAUCAACCAGGAAGCCAGCCAAAUGGUCAAGCAGGCGCAAAUCAACCAGGAAGCCAGCCAGGAAGUCAACCGGGAAAUCAACCAGGAAGCCAGCCAAAUGGUCAAGCAGGCGCAAAUCAACCAGGGAGCCAGCCAGGAAGUCAACCGGGAAAUCAACCAGGAAGCCAGCCAAAUGGUCAAGCAGGCGCAAAUCAACCAGGAAGACAGCCAGGAAGUCAACCGGGAAAUCAACCAGGAAGCCAGCCAAAUGGUCAAGCAGGCGCAAAUCAACCAGGGAGCCAGCCAGGAAGUCAACCGGGAAAUCAACCAGGAAGCCAGCCAAAUGGUCAAGCAGGCGCAAAUCAACCAGGAAGCCAGCCAGAAAGUCAACCGGGAAAUCAACCAGGAAGCCAGCCAAAUGGUCAAGCAGGCGCAAAUCAACCAGGAAGCCAGCCAGGAAGUCAACCGGGAAAUCAACCAGGAAACCAGCCAAAUGGUCAAGCAGGCGCAAAUCAACCAGGAAGCCAGCCAGGAAGUCAACCGGGAAAUCAACCAGGAAGCCAGCCAGGAAGUCAACCGGGAAAUCAACCAGGAAGCCAGCCAAAUGGUCAAGCAGGCGCAAAUCAACCAGGAAGCCAGCCAGGAAGUCAACCAGGAAGCCAGCCAAAUGGUCAAGCAGGCGCAAAUCGACCAGGGAGUCAGCCAGGCAGUCAGCCAGGCAGUCAGCCAGGAAGUCAGCCGGGAAGUCAACCAGGAAACCAACCAGGAAGUCAACCGGGAAAUCAACCAGAAAGCCAACCGGGGAGUCAGAUAGGAAACCAAAAAGGAAUUCAAUCGGGGAGUCAGCCAGGAAUUCAACCAAAUGGUCAACCGGGCGUAAAUCAACCAGGAAGCCAGCCGGGAAAUCAACCAGGAAACCAGCCAGGAGGUCAAGCGGGACCGGCACCAGCCGGUACUCAGUCAGGUUCAAGUAAUCAAAUAGGCUAUCCAACCCCUCAAGGGUUCCCACCAAGCUUUGGCUUUCCAACUUACAUGCAAUACGGCGCCCAAAAUCCAGCGUUCCCCGGAAGUAUCUUGCCACAACCAGGACAAUCGGGCUUCAACCUUCCUGGUCAGACUGGAUCCAGUCUUCCAGGUCAAGUACCUGGGCACCCAUUGAUUUCUGGUCAGAUUGGACAAUUUGGUAACUAUCCAUAUAGCUCGUAUGGACUAUUGUUUCCUCCGGGGACUAAUUACGGUGGGCAAAAUCCAGGUAGCCCUUUAAACCAGCCGACUUUUCCAGGAUUUCCAGGUUUUGUUCCUCCUGGUACCAGCAUUUCAAAUUUUCCUGGUUUUCCGAGUCCAGGAAGUGGAAUCCCGGGUAGUCCCGGAAGUGGAAUCCCGGGUAGUCCCGGAAGUGGAAUUCCGGGUAGCCCCGGAAGUGGAAUCCCGGGUAGUCCCGGAAGUGGAAUCCCGGGUAGUCCCGGAAGUGGAAUCCCGGGUAGUCCCGGAAGUGGAAUCUCGGGUAGUCCAGGAAGUGGAAUCCCGGGAAGUCCCGGAAGUGGAAUCCCAGGUAGUCCUGGAAGUGGAAUCCCCGGUAACCCAGCCUUGCCUAGUGCCAUUCCUACUCUCCCUGAUGGCAAGAGAAAGCCAGCUCUAGAGGGUAUACCCCCGCAAUGCUUCCUGGGCGAACCCGGAUGUAUGGGCCCUGGCUACUCGUCUAGUUCUACUCGUCCGCGCGUGGAGAGAAACACAAGUAACGGGGAGACGGACCCCACUACCGGACAACCCCUCCCUCCCGACAGGCAGGACGAUCUCGACCUGGUGUUCGUGAUUGAUGGCUCUAAUGACCUGACUGCUGACGCCUUCACCAAGGCCAAAGACUUUAUGAAGAAGGUUUAUAACAACUUCCCCGUCUCAGAGUCUGCCACCCAUGUGGGACUCGCGUUAUCGGGUUGCACUUCUAAGGUCAUGUUCAAUCUGAUCGAGUACUUCACUAAGCCCGCCCUCGACUCAGCAGUAGACUCUGCUCGGAAGCCAGACCCCUGUGUUCAGAAUCUCAUCGGCGCCGGAAUUGCCCUUUCCAAGAAAAUGGUGUUCGGUGGUAGCGCGCGGCCUGGGUCGCACAAGAUUCUGAUCGUGUUGCUUGCUGGUAAUGCUGAUGAUGAUGCUGUCACGCCAUCACGGGAAUUGCGUGACCAGGGCGUCACGGUGUUUGUGAUUGCGUUAGGUAGCAAUACAGAUUUUGGGCAGUUGCCUGAAGUUGUUAGCGAUCCACAGAAUGAGCAUUUAUUUGUGUCGAGCCCAAAUGAGCUGAUGAAGCAGCUGGCUCCUACAGUAGAGAAUAUCAACAAAGUGCUAUCUAAAGCUGCUCCUUUAACCCCUACAGAGGUGAAGAUGGAACUCGGCUUUGCAUUGGACAUCACGCAAGACGCUUUCCCGGCGAACCUUUUUGCCAGCGUCCUGAGGUUUAUGAAAAUAACUUGCAGCGCUUUCGUGAUAUCUUCGGACAAGACUCGGGUUGGCGUCGUUGUUUUUAAUAGCCCUUCGGUACAAUUUCCGCUCGAUAACUACUCAUCAAAAGAAGAAGUGUAUUCGGCGAUAGAUACUAUAACCCAAAGUUCAAAUUCAGGCCCUGGAACAGUUGGUGAAGCCAUCGCUUUUGCAAAUACAAACCUCUUCAAGGGUAAGACUCGGUCUCAGACUCCCAAGAUACUCAUCGUGAUAACGAGCAAAAAGUCAGGAGAUGACGUCACUUCACCGUCCCAGGAUGCUAAGCGAGAGAACAUCACUAUGCUUGUUGUCGGUGUGGGGCCUGGGGCUAGCAAGUCAGACAUGGACGUCAUUGCUGCGCCCCAUGUACCUGAUCAUGUGAUCACCACAAGUCUUUCUCCACGUGACAGUACAGGAGAACACGUGGCGGCGAAGAUAGAACAAGUCGUCCAGGUUGACCUUGGCUUUCUUGUUGACGGCUCUCGUAACAUUCCCAAGGCCAGCUUCCUGUACCUGCUUGACGUCAUCAAGCUUAUCUACAAGGCACUUCCGGUUGGCCGUGAGGACGUGAACGUGGGACUGGGGACCAUUUCUAAUAAUCCACAAAUCAUAUUCGGUUUUGACAAGUACUUCACGAAGACUGCCCUGAACGCAGCUGUGGACGGCGUGGAUUACCCGGGGACUGGUCAACAAGCUAAUGUCGGGAAAGCUAUCGAUGCGUGCAAGAAUCUUUUGUUCGACAAGUCUUCCCGUCAGACAGUGCGACGCGUGUUGGUGAUUAUCGUAGGUGGGCGAUCUAGCGAUGACGUCACCAGAAUUGCUAAAACGCUCCGUGACAGCAAAGUGGAGGUAUUCGUGUUUGGAGUGGGUGGCCAAGUGGACCGGACACUGGUGUCCCAGAUGGCCAGCACUCCGUCGGACAAACACACGGUAACAAACGAGGAUCUUGAUAGACUGUCUCCAGGCGCAAGGACACUGAUUGACAAACUGCGCAUUGCUAAGGUCGAAGAUAAUUCCGAUUCCCUCCAAAUAUCGUCUUCAAAUGGCAACAACACAGCUUUAAUGGACCUUGUGAUCCUGAUAGAAGGCAGCGAUAACACAAAACCACAGGACUUCGAGCAAAUCAAAGAGGUUGUCAAGACCAUCUACCGUGGGUUCCCUGUGUCACGUGACGGCACUCACGUGGGCGUAGCCAUAUAUGGAGAUGAUACGAACAUCGUGUUUGACCCCAAGACUUAUUAUACUGUGGGCGAGAUGGACAAUGCUGUCGAUAGCGCCCCCUACCCGGGUGGUCUCAGUAACGCAGGCAGUGCCCUGAGUGACGUCAAGACAAAGAUUUUCGAUAAGAGCCGAAGACCAGAGGCUGUCCAAGUACUAAUAACAAUCCUGACCGGAACACCAAACGACGGCAUUGAUGAGCCCGCACGUAACUUACGCAGCGCAUGCGUCUUGAUGUUCAGCCUCGGUUUGACGUCGAGGUUUAGUCACACAGAUCUGGACAAGCUGACAAACUCUCCGAGGACUGGUUACCAAAUAGUGAGUCAAGCAUUCCCGGAUGAUAACGUGGCGGGUGCAAUGCUGGCUGAAAAAGUUCAGAAAGUGACAUCAGUAGUUUUUGCGUGGAACAAGCAGUGCUCGUCACGAGGAGUGACUCAGCUCGACCUAGCCUUUCUCGUGGACGCAUGCAGCAACAUCCCCGCUCCCUCCUUCCAUAAGGUUACAUCAAUCGUCAAAGCUGUAUCCCAGGCCCUCCCUACAGUCCAGGGGGAGACACGUAUCGCGGCGCUUCUUUUCUCAGGGGAGGUGAAGGUAGUAAAGGACUUCAACACCCAAUCACUAGAUCUGGGCUCAGCCUUAGAUAGCUACACGUCAGCUGACACAAGCUGUCCAAUCGGAAGAGGUUUAAGCAAAGCGAGAGAGUUAUUCCUGACCCAAGGACGAGCUGGAAUCCCGCAUGUAUUAGUUGUAAUCAGUGGCGGAAAAUCCGACGAUGACGUAAUAGGACCCGCGCGUUCGUUGCGCGAUGCAGGCGUGGUGGUGGUUGGUCUAGCACUUGGGAAAGCCGCAGAUUUCUCUUUACUUGGAUCACAGGCAAGCGCCCCCUCUUCCGAGUUCGUGAUCCGUGAUCCGAGUUUUCCAUUCACAAGUGAAGGGCAUGUGCCAAUCCUUAGAGGAUUGCAUGGAAUUUUUGAGAUUGGAAAUGGUCUCGUGUGCCCACCAAAGGCGGAAUGCAAAGCUCCCUACAUGUCGCCACCUGUGGAACCGAGUCCCUCUCAUACAAAGCCCUCUGCUACAACAAGUACAACUUGUCACGUGGAUACGUCCUCGCGAGGACCAAUAGACAUAGCUUUCCUCGUAGACGGAAGUGACGCAAUCAACGAGACUCACUUUCGUUCUCUGUUGGAAAUCGUCAAGAUCGCUUAUCACCAGUUCCCAGUCUCCAGGUCCGACGUCCAUGUUGCAAUCGUGAUAUAUGGCGCGUUUGCUAAUGUGGUAUUUAAUCUUGAUCAGUAUUAUGAUUUGUCCGGAAUGGACACGGCCCUAAUGCAGGCCAAGCGUCCUGGGGGAGUCCCCUUAGUCGGACAGGGAUUGAGAAUGGUGCGAGAUUCUGUCUUUCUCGCGAGUUCAAGAGAAGGCUCCUCAAAGAGACUUAUCCAUAUCAUGUGCGGUAAGUCGGCUGAUGACGUCACAGGACCCUCUAAGGAACUCCAAGAUGCGUCCGUGAAGGUCAUCUCUGCCGGCGCAUGCGCAGAUGUCAGUAAGCCGGAGUUGUGCGUGAUUGGUAGUCCUCCCACAUGUCAGAACGCGGUGAUGAUGAAGACACUCUACCCGCCCACAGCUCCCGCCUGCGAGUUCGCCGAGAAAAUUAUCAAAGAUGUCCCUUCCAAAGAAGCCAAGAGCCCAACCUCAGCCCCGACUCCAAACGCAACAUUGACAUCAACAGAGAAGCCUGGCCAGAAAAUCGUUGCUGUCAAAGUACCUUUUCCCGUCCCAGUCCACCACAUCCAUCAUGUUCCGGUCAUGCACUUCCCGCCAAUCAACAGGGUACCAUGGCAACCACCAAGACGCCCCUUCAUGCCUCAUGAAGGCUUCCCUUUUAUGCACCCACCGAUAAGAGCGCCGAUGGUUGUGCGCCCCUACCCUAUGGCGGGUGAUAACACUUUUCACAUGCCACGCCCUCCUGUCCAUAACCAUUUCCUGCAUAACAUCCUACGAUAUGGCCCAGCUGACAUCGGCUCAUUAAAUCGCCCCAUGCAAGAAGGUGGAUAUCACACGAUACACCCUCCCGACUCGAGAUUAGUCACCGAAAUAUCAAUGGAUCCAAGUGGAUAUCACCGACAUCCCAUAGUGCACACCAAUAGGGUGACGGAAUACCCCGAUAUUGACUCUAUUCCAAGUUAUUUACCGGGAGUCGACCGAGUGGUGGACCCUCUCUUACCGAAUCCUCAUUUCCGGCACCCCGUCUCCCACCCACACGGGGACAAGUGGUUGGAGCAGGGUCACGUGGUUGAUAUACAGAGGCUGAGGCCGGGGGAGUCCGUAUUUGUACCAUCACAUAGUCACCAUAGCAACCAUGUCUAUGAGCCAAUAGGAACACAGAUCUCGAUUCCAGGCCCAGCUCACCAUCCGAUAAGCCAACACCCAGGGAUGGGUUGCAUGGAUAUAGACCCAGAAUGCAGUUCGUACCUUGCUGCAGGGUCUUGUCAAGGGGCGGCGGGGUUUGACGUGUCGUACUUAACAGAGUACUGUAAACGCUCAUGUGGCCUGUGUCAUGGACCUGCGCCACCGGCCGAUGAAAACCAGAGGAGAGACGUAUGGCUCAAAAGAUCUCGGAUUCAUCACGAAGAGCCAGCCAAUGAUUAUGUACAGUCACGAAAUGAUCACGUACAGUCACGCUUUGGUGCACGAGAGAAAUCAAGGAUAAGACGAGGAAUCGAAGCGAUUCUUCGUGGUCGUACAAAACCUCGAAGGAGGCGAAGGUUAAAUAAAAGCAGAAGGAGAACACACAAACAGACUACCCUUCGACGCCUUUUAGAUGGAGAAAUCGACUCAUUAAAAAGAAACUUUGUAGCGCCUCCUCUGCUGGAUCCCAAGCGGCUUAGAAAUCUACAAACGACCAUAAACCCCUUAAAACAACCUUCGCGGCUUGCGCUUGUAAUGGAAGGAAAGAAGUCUGAUCAUUCCAUGACACCUAAAUCUAUUGGCCACGAGGUGUCCACUCCGAAUGAGGCAGCCGAUUUACCUUCACUUUCGUCGAGCGAUUCUACUCAAGAGGGAUCAACACCAGACGUCCUCCCGCCUCCUACUUUGCCACCUGGAAGUAACACAACGAGUAAGCCUUCAGAAACAACGGUGUUACCUCCACCGACGCUGCCUGUAGGGAACGGUACCACAAGUAAGCCAUCAGAAGCGACAGUGUUACCGCCACCGACACUGCCUGUAGGGAACGAUACCACAAGUAAGCCAUCACAAGCGACAAUUUUACCGCCUCCGACAUUGCCCACUGAAAACAGUACCACAAACUCCUCAGGGGGCCCUACUGUCAUCCCCCCACCUACCCUCCCACCUUGUUCAAAUGGUAGCUGUACUACUACCGGUCCAACAAAGAAACCAUUACUUCCUCCCCCAUCACUACCCCCCAAGGGUAGCAAUACAACAAAGCCGUCAUCUAAAGGAGCUGGGGAAAUUCUACCGCCUCCUACAUUACCCCCUUGCAGAAACAUGAGCUGUACUACAAAGGCAAAUGCGACCAUUCAACCGCCUCCUACAUUACCAGUGUGUGUAAACAAAACAUGCACUACGCCUACAACUACUUCUACUACAACAUCGACACCUACGACUGUGCCAACGACCCCGACCACACCUGCGACAACUGCUGCACCAACUAAGCCCAAGAUGCCGGUCAUGCCACCUACUCUUCCAAGCAAAGUCGAAUGUGAAGUCGACACUUCGGGUCUUGGACCGCUGGAGCUGGUAUUCCUUGUAGAUGGCUCGGAUUCAAUAAACGACACUCACUUCAAGACAAUGCUGGAAAUCGUGAAACAGACGUAUCACCAGCUCCCCGUGUCGGAAGAAGGCACACACGUGGCGGUGGCGCUAUAUGGUACCGUUACCAAGAUGUUGUUUAACUUGGGAGACUUAAACGAUUUGGAGUCCAUGGAUACGGAAGUUGAGAGAGCCAGGAAACCGGGAGGCGCCUCGUUCGCGGGGCAGGCACUCGACGCGACCGCUAGCGGAAUAUUUGGGUCAAGCUCACGACAAAACGCGACCAAGAGACUCGUCCACCUGAUGUGCGGGGAGUCAAUAGAUAAGGUCAGCGGUGCUGCGAGUGAGCUGAGGGCGUUAGGAGUCGGUGUCAUAGCAACAGGCGUAUGUCCAGAAGUUCGCACAGCAGAUCUCUGUGUGAUUGGCAGCCCGCCCACGUGUAGACACGCCCUUAUCAUGAAGACGACCACACCCUUGAGCGCACCGGUCUGCGAGUUUGUCGAUAAGAUCAUCGAAGGUACUCCUCCAAGUCCCAAGCCAACCAAAGCUCCCACAAUCGCACCAUCAGGAAGCCCACCUCAGCCGAUAGCUCUAAUGACGGUCCGUGUUCCAAUAGCCGUACCUGUCGCUGUCCCCGUAGCUGUCGACCCCUACACCCACCAGAUUCUUGGCCCUCUUUAUCAUCACCAUCACUAUAUGGGGCCUCCUUAUCAUCACUAUAUGGGGCCUCCUUAUCAUCACUAUAUGGGUUCACUUUACCACCAUUACUAUAUGGGACAUAGGUACCCUUACUUACCAAAUAGGUACCCCUACCUCCACCACCCUCCUGGCUAUGGCGGCACAUGGUAUCCGAUGGGGUCUACCAUAGGGCAGAUGACACACAGUUCCUGGACACACCCUCUCCAUGACCAGCCCCAAGGGGGAGGUCAGGAGAACUCUACCAGCACGCCAGACAAUGAGGAGAACUCUGGUCAGGGUGCUGUGGUGAUACCUUGGCAACCACUAUAUAGCCAUGGUAACCAAGCAGUUAUGGGUAUGCGUCCAGAUAAUCCUGGACAGAACACCGGGCCCAUACCGAGCCACCUUAUGAGUGAUCAAGGUAUGCAUCACAAUGGUAACUUAGACCAUUACCAAGAGCAUCCAUAUCACUAUGGUAACACUAUGGAUGAUCACGUGGGCAAUACCGUGGGAGGUAUGGAUAAUCACGUGGACAAUACAGUGGGAGCUAUGGGUGAUCACGUGGACAAUGCCAUGGGAGCUAUGGGUGAUCACGUAGACAAUACCAUCGGGGCUAUGCAGAGCCACCAAUUCGGCGGAAAUAGCUUGGAAGCUACAGGUCAUAAUGUUCCGUAUCCAGGACAACCUUACCAUCACCAUGGUAACGAUAUGAGUGACACGGGUCAAUAUCAUGACGAGAACGAGGUGAUGAGUCCCAACCUUCAAUCCAUCGAUCACACAAUCGCGAUCAUGAAUAGUCACGCAAUGAAUGGUCACACCACUGAGGACAUGAACAGACACGCCAUGAAUGGUCACGGCAUGGGAUUCGGUUACCAUGGCAGUAAUGGCGCAGGUGCACACGCCAUAUUUCAUCAAGACGCCGUGGGAGAGUACCCAGAGGAGAGACCGCUCGGGGGAAGACUGACUGAAGAUGAGGAUUACCAUUUCAUCGAGCAGAAGUUUGAUCCUCUCCAUAUCGACUCGAGCUACAGGCAUCCCGUCAUUCACCACGUGCUCCGUAACGGUCGGUUGUCAUCCGGAGUACAGCAGUCUUUCCCCAAUGAGGGAGACGGUCACGUGAUUUCCGUGGAUGAGUCGCUACCUCAGGAUGUUUAUGAGCCCACAGACGAUGCAGUCGAGGGCAAACGCAAGAAGGAUAUACCGAAGACCCUUCAUGGUACGGGCGCGACAGGUUCUGACUCGUAUUGUGCGGACCUGGAUGUGGAGUGCCCGAAGUACGCGCCAUCUGGGAUCUGUGACGGUACAGGGAGCGUUGGCUACAGCAUUCAAUACCUCGAGACGAACUGCAAGAAGACGUGCGGGCUCUGCCUUAGGUGGGUUAGUACUACAUGUAGGGCUAGGGAGAUGAAACCAGUUCAUGGGGUCCUACAUAACGUGCUUACCCUCGGGUGAGAUAGGCGGGCUAGU